GGAAUGGAUACAUGUGUUAUUCCCUUAAGACAUGGUGGACUUUCUCUAGUUCAAACAACAGAUUAUUUUUAUCCCAUUGUUGAUGAUCCUUACAUGAUGGGUCGUAUUGCUUGUGCCAAUGUUCUAAGUGAUCUUUAUGCCAUGGGUGUCACAGAAUGUGACAAUAUGUUGAUGCUGCUUGGAGUCAGCAAUAAAAUGACAGAUAAGGAGCGGGACAAAGUAAUGCCACUAAUAAUACAGGGUUUUAAAGAUGCAGCAGAUGAGGCAGGUACAUCAGUAACUGGUGGACAAACGGUAUUAAACCCAUGGAUCAUUUUAGGAGGUGUGGCCACAACAGUCUGCCAACCGAAUGAGUUCAUCAUGUAAGUUUAAUCUUUGUAUCUACAAUUAUUCUAACGGAAAAAUGGUUGAGAUGUUUAAUGGAUCAAAGGUUAUGGGUAUUUUUGCGUUGUUCAAGACAAAUGCUUGUGUUUGUUGUUCAGGGAUUUUUCAUUUAAAGUUUCUAGUAAAUUUCAUCCCAAGUUUAUGAGGGAUUGACUGUAAACUGAAAUGGGUUGGAACUGAUAACUGUGGAGCUACAAUUUAACAGUAUGCACUUGCUUUCUUUUCCACUCUGUUAACAGUCUGUGCAAUUCAUUAAACCCAGCCAAUAGUGAACUUUUCCAGUCACCUAAAGGUUACAAUCCAGUUGACACAAGAUGCUGGACAAUAUGGCACUAAAAAAAAAUUGUAAGUGUCAAAAUUGUCAAAAUCUUGCAUUAUCCGCAAUCAAUGUUCAAGUCCUCACUAAAGAAUAAAAAUUAGCCCUGAAAAGGCAGGUAACAGGU